AUGCGACUGUACUUUUUCAUUUUGCUGACGGCCUUGAGUUGUGCACAGUCUGUGCGCGACAUUGUCGAUGAAGACGAGGUGCUCGAGUCGCAUGCACUGGAAAGGCGAGCUGCCAGACAUGGGCCCUCCAGACACGAGGCCAGGGGCAGUGGCAGUGGCCCUGAGCCUCAUGAAUCUGACGACAGCGGCCUCGACGAGGAUGAAGACGAUGAUGCCGGUGGGUCGGAGAGAGAAAAGGAUGCAUUCGAAGGCACGGCAGAGGAUAACGUUCAGAUCGAGGGUGCCGUGGAAGAGUUCAACGAUGCUACGAAGGACGCGGAGAAGAAAGCCAAGUUGGUAGACAAGAAUUUCGCCAAAUAUAAUGGGAGGUUGGGCGAGCUUCAAGAUCAGUUGCGCAAGUUAUCGGCCAUGGCGAGAAGCUACCACCUGCAGACGAUCAAGUGGUUCAAGAAUGCUGAGCAAGACAAGUACUCUCCCAUUGCCAACAUAUGUCUGAACUCGCCGAGCCACGCCUCUGCCAUGAGCGUGCGAAAUCUGGCGACCUUCCUUCCAGACACGCACUUCGGUCUCUGGCUGGAUCUCUUGGAGAUGGCUGCACUCCCGCGUCGAGGGGAGGAUUUGCUGCUCUCUGGCGCUCGGCAGUUGACCCCAUCGUGCUGGGAUGUCAGGUCCCAUUGCGACGAGAACAUAUCUCAGAGCUUGUACUACGUUGAUCCCGUCAUCUCUGCAUUUGCGCGGUUGGUGGGUUCCUUCCCGCGUGUGGCAGCUCUCCAUUGGGAGGUCAUGCCUUGGAGCUAUCAGCGCUUGAGCUGGCCUCCCCAUGAAGUUGUUGCUGCCGAGCGCUCUUUGGCAGUGCCGCAGCUUCUGCCUCGCCCUCUGCGAGUAUGCGCUUCUGGAUGGGGUCGCUGCGACACCUAUUCACGGGGCACUGGAAACUGCCGAAUAUCGACACCUGCUGCACGCGAGGCAAAAAUAACGAGAGAGCCUCUGCAGCUCGUGCAUGACAACUGUCACGGGGAAGAGUGGGACUCCAGGAGAAAACCUCGCUUGAUGCACUGUCCCUUGAAUGCACCUUUGGCUGUUCGACCAGUUUCCAAGUCCGGCUCUCUUUCCGUGGCGCGGUGGAUUUUGCAAAUCGACGCGCCCAAAGCGCGUGACCUUGCUUUGAUGGCUUCCACCUGGAGACCCUUUGACGCCAACAAGGAGCGGUAUUUCGACUGGGCUUCUCGCUGGGUAAGAAGAAAGGGGUCGGCUACGAGGGAGCAGGACGCGGAGCAGGACGCGAAGGACAUGGCCCUGAGAUCCCGCUUCGGCCAAGAAUCCUCCGGCCAGAUCUUGGCACCCUCUGCUUCGGGUUGCCUGACCUGUUGCCGGCUUGGCGUCGGGCGGCUCAAGGUCAUCUUCGUCCGGAAUCCCUACAAGCGCCUGGCGUCUGCCUACCUUUCCGUCUUCCUGGAUCGAGCACGACUUGCCGGGGACAUGGUUAUCAACGGUUUCAGAGGCACGAACUCCAGUGUUGAGACCGACUUUGGGUACUUUCUGUGUUUCAUGGCAUCGGCGAUUUUCCCUUACGGCUUGGCUGGGGGCGUGAAUGACAGACUCGGAAUCGACUUCCUGAUGCCAGGCGGAUCUUGGGCAAGAAUUCGCAUGAUGCGGUCAAUGCUGUAUGGCAUCGGAAUCCAUGCCGGCACCUUGUACGAGGAGUUAAACAGAACUGCCGACCUCCACGAAUUCCAUGUAGUUCACUUGGAGAACAUAGAGGAGGACAUAGGGGAAAUGAAGCGAAGACUGUGCAAGGAGUUCAACUUUUGCAGGCCGUUGCCACCUCUACGAACGUGGAACUCCAGGUGGGACCGGCUCCAUGCAGGAACAACGUCGACGGGCAGGAAGGCGCGAGCGAGGCAGCGCCAGGCGCUACCUCUCGACGUGCAAGUCCGAGUGCUGCAGCGGUACCAGAAGCACUUGAUGGACCGCUACCGGCCCGACUUUAUCUUGUUUGGCUACUCAGAGGACCCAGAGAACAUGGACAAAGCGCCUGAGUUUUCGGUGAGCUCUUAG